AGUGUGAGGAGCGAGCGGGUGCUGCGAAGCCCGCUCACUCGCUACGCUCUCGUGCUAGCGGUCACACACGCAUUCAAGCUCGCACAUUUUACAGGCAGCAUUCGCUCCGCUUGCCUUCUCUGGCGCCUUCUUAUGAAUCCCUUGCGUCGACGCUGAAAGAUGCCUGCGUCGGCCUCCCUCACGGCCCUGUUCCUGCUGACCCUGACCCCGCGCCACGCCCACGCCCAGUGCCUCUCCGCCCACGAUGACCUGACCAGCAUCCAGACCUACCAUGACAUCUCGGGCAUGGUCAGCUUCGCCUUCGACCUCUUCAGGGAGCUCCUGGACCGGGCGCCGACGGAGGGGAAUCUCUUCUUCUCGCCCUACAGCGUGUGGAAUGGGCUGGUGCUGGCCUACCUGGGCGCCGAGGGCAAGACGAGGCAGGAGAUGGAGGAGGUCAUGGGCGUGAGGGAGAAGGUGUCGACUCUCAAGACCUGGUGGCUUUUGGAGAGGAUGUACAAAUCACGGCAAGUCAAGAACAGCUUCAACACGUUCGUCUUGGCCAACCGCGUGUUCGUCGACGCGAGGGUGCCUCUCAGCGCCUGCGCCGCCGACAUACUGAACGAGCAGAUUCAAGUCGUCAACUUCUUAAAGUACCGCGACGCCACAUCUCUGAUCAACAAAUACACGUUCGAGAACACCCAUGGCCUCAUCUCCAACGUCGUGAACGAACGCGAAAUAUACCAAGCGAUCAUGGUCAUGGUGAACGUGGCCGCUUUCAAGGGGCUUUGGCGACACCAGUUCCGUGUGAAUGACACUUACUAUGGGAAUUUCUACGUCACGGCAGAAAAAUACGUGCAGGUUCCGAUGAUGAAACAGGAGGGCCAGUUCAGGAAUGGCGUGUCGAGGGACUUGGGGGCGCGGGUCCUCGAACUCCCUUACGCCGAUGGUCCUUUCACCAUGUACGUCUUCCUGCCGUCCGGAGAUGUGAAGGAUCUGCUUUCUCGCUUGAACCCUGCGUCCUUCCGCUCCGCCAUCACCAACAUGUGGCACCACCAGGUCACCGUCCACCUGCCGAGAUUCACCUUACACUCGUCCAUCAAGGGGGACCUCAAGCUGGCCCUGUAUAAACUCGGCAUCCGGGAGCUGUUCAGCGAGUCGGCCGACCUGACCAGCCUGGCGCCCCGAGGAAGCCUGGUGGUGAGCCGCACGUUCCACCAGGCGGCGCUGCAGGUCACGGAGGAGGGCACGGAGGCGGCGGCGGCGACGGUGUUCGUGUCUCUCUCCCGGACGAAGCCUCCUCCACCGUCGUCCUUCGUGUGUGAUCGCCCCUUCGUCUUCGUCAUCUACGACAGUCAGACGGGAAAUUUCGUCUUCGUUGGAGUCUUUCGAAAUCCUGCGUUCUAAUUUUUUUCUCCUUUUUCGGUUGUUUCGUAAGGCGUGUGGAUUAUUUAUUGUAUCUUUUAGGUUUGCGUUGUUCUUCGUUCUUUGUGUGUUUUUAGAAAUCACGCGGAGGAAGUAAUUUUCCUUCUUGUAAUUAUCUGUAGUUGUCUGGCACUUCGUUUAUCUGGCCAGCACUUAGCUGUUAUUUCCAUAAAUGAUGUAUAUUUAUCUAUCUAUUCUUUUUUUCCUUCUUCAUCUCACUUUUUCAUCGAUUUCACUCUUUUCUUCCUUCCUCCACAGAAGAAAUGCUUCUUUACUUCGAGCAUUACACCACACUCUAAGUCAAUGUUUAAACUGCUUGCUUCGACUCUUGUAUCCGAAGCACAUAAUAACCAAAUCGUGACUGUUUCGAUACAAGGUUCGAAGCUGGCGGUUCACGGAUUGACAGCGGUAGGGGGCGAAUUAGGAAGCGGAAGAGGCUGCAGUUGCCCCAGAGUUCCUUUAAGUCUCGUGUUUUUGUGAUGGUUUAAUAACACUCCUCUUUUGCAUAAUGCAGCUUGGUAAUAUGACUCCCGAGGUGCAUAAAUACCACACGUAUAUACUUUACAACAUACACAUUUGCUGUUCAUGAAUUGGUUAGUGCCGCAACGGUGUAACAACUUCAACGGGAGUAACACAGAGGCUUGGUAAUUUCUUGAGGCAACUCCACCUGCCAAUCGUUGAAGCCUGAAACUUAUUAAAGUAUUGGCAGUAAAAGAGAAA